AUGAGGACAACAGCUGUCAGACUUCUCAAGGUCAAGCCUCUUCCUGCCUGGGCAUUCUCGUCGGUGCGUCUGCCGCCUUCCGCAUCGGCAAAGCAAGCCAGCUCCGUGACAUCAGCAUCGAAGGGCCUUAAAUCGUCGACAACAGAUGUGGCUGCCGAGCUAGAGAAGAGGGUUGUCGCGCGCCAAGGUCUCGGCGAGAACGUCCGCAUCUCGAAGAACAUCAUCAACAAGGAUUUGUACUGGAAGGUCUCGAAACCGCAACGCGAUACUCUGAAAAAGCUCCUUCGCGAAGCAUGA